AGUGCCCUCCUCUUCAGAGUUGCUGCUCCUCACAGCAACCCCUCCUCCUCAGAGUGGAUCCUGCCGAGAGCUCUUCUUCUUCAGAGCUUCUCCUCUGGUUCCUGCUGGGCUCCCGACACCUCUUGCCUCUCCGGGCUGGGCUUCAGAACACACCGGUAAAGGCGGAGCUUUCAGAGGCUGCCCCUCUGCUGCAGGAGAGGUGGCUGGCGUGAGGACCAAGAAGUGUUUCCCGAGAAACCCAGAGAGCAGCAGGGCAGCCAUGAGGCUGCUGACUGGGACUGAGCUGUGGUCUGUGGCCAUAUUCAUGGUCAUCUUCCUGCUUCUGGUGGACCUAAUGCACCGGCGCCAGCGCUGGACACCCCGCUACCCCCCAGGCCCUGUGCCUCUGCCUGUGCUUGGGAACCUGAUGCAGGUGGACUUCCAGAAUAUGCCAGCGGGCUUCCAAAAACUGCGAUGCCGCUUUGGGGACCUGUUCAGCCUCCAGCUGGCCUUUGAGUCAGUGGUUGUACUGAACGGGCUGACAGCCCUGCGCGAGGCGCUGGUGAGAUACAGCGAGGACACCGCUGACCGGCCACCGCUGCACACCAAUGACCACUUGGGCUUUGGACCGCGCUCUCAAGGUGUGGUCCUAGCGCAGUACGGGUCUGCCUGGCGUCAGCAGCGGCGCUUCUCCGUGUCCACCUUCCGUCACUUUGGCCUGGGCAAGAAGUCACUGGAGCAGUGGGUGACUGAGGAGGCCAGAUGCCUCUGUGCUGCCUUCACUGACUAUACCGGACGCCCUUUCAAUCCUAACGCUCUCCUGGACAAAGCAGUGUGUAACGUGAUCGCAUCCCUCCUCUACGCCUGCCGCUUUGAGUACGAUGACCCGCGCUUCAUCAGGCUACUGGACUUGCUAAAAGAGACUCUUAAGGAGGAAGCUGGCUUCCUGCCCAUGUUCCUGAAUGUGUUCCCGGCACUCCUGCACAUCCCAGGGCUGCCUGGCAAGGUCUUCUCUGGGAAAAAGGCCUUCAUGGCCAUUCUGGAUGAGCUGCUAACUGAGCACAAGACAACCUGGGACCCUGCCCAGCCACCCCGAGACCUGACCGAUGCCUUCCUGGUAGAGGUGGAGAAGACCAAGGGGAACCCUGAGAGCAGCUUCAAUGAUGAGAACCUGCGUAUAGUGGUGGCUGACUUGUUCAUAGCGGGGAUGGUGACCUCUUCGACCACACUGGCCUGGGCCCUGCUGCUCAUGAUCCUGCACCCGGAUGUGCAGCGCCGAGUCCACCAGGAGAUCGAUGAAGUCAUAGGGCAGGCACGGUGUCCAGAGAUGGCAGACCAGGCCCGCAUGCCCUACACCAAUGCUGUCAUUCAUGAGGUCCAGCGAUUUGGGGACAUCCUCCCACUUGGUGUCCCUCACAAGACAUCUCGUGACAUCGAAAUGCAGGGCUUCCUCAUCCCGAAGGGAACGACCCUCAUCACCAACCUGUCCUCAGUGCUGAAGGAUGAGACUGUCUGGGAGAAGCCCCUCCAGUUCCACCCUGAACACUUCCUGGAUGCCCAGGGCCACUUUGUGAAGCAUGAGGCCUUCAUGCCAUUCUCUGCAGGCCGCAGAGCAUGUCUGGGGGAGCCUCUGGCCCGCAUGGAGCUCUUCCUCUUCUUCACCUGCCUCCUGCAGCGCUUUAGCUUCUCGGUGCCUGAUGGACAGCCCCGGCCCAGCGACCGCGGGGUCUUUGGUGCUCUGACAACCCCAUCGCCCUACCAGCUCUGUGUUUUACCCCGCUAAGAGGAGAUGCCAACAUCUGGAAGGAGGGCCAGAAAGAACUGCUGGUCUGUUGAGGAAGAAACAUCUAAAACGGAAGGGGAAUGAUCCUGCCCACGGCUACCCCAGUCCUCCUUCCAUGGCCCACAACUUCCCGAAGGCUCCCAGGCAAUGCUGGCAGUAAUGGCGGCCAUGAGGCCCACCUAAAUCUAGGUUCCUGGCCUCCCCGUGCACAACAAGCUGUCCCCAUUCCCCUCUUUGCGGGGGCAAGUACCAUGGGCUCCCCUGUAAUUGAAACUUCAGCCCUAGUUAUGGGGAAUGAAAACUUUUAAAAACUCAGUACUCAAGUAAACAUAGACUUGGGCCACCUAAAAAUUCUGCUUCCAGUGUGGAAACCCAGUUAGAGUCUUUAGCCGAGGUUGUUCUUCAGAAUGAAGAGGAACUGGACCUCCUCUUUAUGAGACAAGGAGGGCUCUAUAUAACAUUAAAUAAAUAAAUAAGUAAAACAAAAAACUUGUUACUUCUAUGCCAGCCAAUCAGAGAUAAAAAGAUUCAGCCACUGUCAAAAAUAACCUUUAAAAAAAGAAACACAAGGAGAGAGACAUCAACUGGUACCAGUAUUUGUUCUCGACCCCUGGCUAACUACUACACUUAAGGUCAUGGCUGGUCAUUAAUCCUUUUACUCCUAGCUCUCACUAUAAGAUCCUGAUUCUUCAACUGCCUACUUAGAAAACAAAUUCUGUUAAACUAUUAAUGCUAAUGAGACAAUAUAACCCCAUCCCCCAGAUGAGUCCACGAUUUGACUCAUGCCUGUAGAAUCAAUGGGGAAUGUAACAGGCCCCCAGGCCUUAGCACAACUAACACCAUGAUGCAAGUGCCAUUCAGGCCUUGGAACCCAGCACACAGACAGCAAUCCCUGCCACAAAGACCAUCCGCAGCAGGAAACAGCUAUAACACCUUGCCCUGCAUUUUUUUUAUAUCCUCUCAGAGUUUGGAAUGAAAGUUUCCUGCUGAAAGACUACACUUCCCAGCUUCCCUUGCAGACUACGGAAGUCAUUUGCACCCUCAUAAGAGACCAAAUCCCAUCUUCUGUAGACAUUUUGGCCAUCCACACAUGUGGGUGACAAGAUGCCCCCUCCCUGUGAAUAAACACAGUCCCACCUAAGGUCAGACCAAGCUCGCCUGCCUUCCUUCCUUCCUUCCUUCCUUCCUUCCUUCCUUCCUUCCUUCCUUCUGCCCUUCUCUCUCCCUCUAGCUGUUUUUAAAUAAUCUAACACUUGGGAAGACAGAGAUGAACCCCGAUACCUACAGGCCUGCCAUAGGAAGAGAAGUCAAGCUUGGGGCCCAUAGUCAAUGAGAUGGGCAGAGAACAAGGUGGUGGCGUGGGCAUCGGAGAAAAAGAAACCGUUGGAACCUCGCUGUGUGCCGUGGUAUGACUGGCCUCGUCUUUGACUUUUCCCUCUUCUACUCAGAGGAAGCUAUACGAGAUUGCCUCCCUGCUCUGACUCCUGGGCUCUGACCCUUGCCAGUGUACCGUCUCCCGCUAUGGGGGAUGGUGUCAACUUGACAGGCUCUAGAAUCACCCAGGAGACAAAUCACCGGGCAUGUCUGAGGAGUUUCUAGAUUAACUGAGGUGGGAGGGACCACCCUCAAUUCGGUCCUCCCACGGGCUUGGGUGCAGGGCUGAGUCAAAAGGAGAAAGGAAGUAGAGAACCAACAAUCCACCUCUCUCUGCCUCCUGAUGAUAGACGCAAUGUGAGCUGCCGCUUCAUGCUUCUGCUGCUGUACCUUCCCCGACACGUUGAACUACACCCUCAAAUCGAGAGGCAAAUAAACCCUUCCUUCCUGCA